AUGACUCUCAGUCCCGUGAGGUGGGAGGUCGUCGCCUCAGCGGUGACCCUGCCGCCGUGCAGAAGGUCUCAGCAGUCGCCGGCAACCGUUUGUGAUACCAUUUGCACAGAGGGAGAGGAGAAUAUCUCUCCGCGGUCAUCUUCAAACACCUGUCAACGCCGAGCGGCUGACGAGCACCGCGCAGAUUCCGCCGAGCGGAGGCGAGGGAGGCAGGCGCCUGACAGUACGCAGCCGCGCCGGCGAGAAGUGGCGCCGGGUGCUCCACGGCCUGUUGGCGCGGGCGCACUGCCGGCUCUUAACGUCAACACAUCCAGAGCUGCUGACCACAGAAUGACGCGAACCUACAAGAGAAAGCCAGGUUCAAGAAAGUACACUGCUUGUAAUGCUGAGACCUUGGAAGCUUGUUUGAUGGGCAUACGAAGUGGAGUAAGAACACAACGAAGUGCAAAUCACUAUUAA